CGAAGGGUCAAGGUCUUUUGUUAACAAGUUCAGUAUCAAUGUUUGUUGACGUUCUCAUCCGCACGUGCGACUGUAACUGAAAAGCCGGUACCUGACAAGGGGGCAUUCAUGUGACCUGUCGGCUUCAUCAACCUUCUCGACUGCUGUGUUCAUUUUUGCAGUACACAUAUUUUGACCCUUUACGUCUGAGAUAAAGGAGGAAGUUAACUCCAGCAUGGCACAGGUCCUCCGUCAGUGUGUGGUGACUUUUGUCCGUCUGGGAUCCACCAAAGUUGCUCAUUCUACCCCAGGCAUUAGGCUGAAUAAUCACAGACUCUACUUGAAACUGUUAGGAGGUGGAGUUUUAUGCCAGUUUUCCUUGUUCAGUUGGAAGGGUUCCAGAAAGCCUGAUGUGGACUCCAGUGACUCUUGGAUGUCUGAGCCCAUCACGUCCCUUGAUGAGUUGAAACAGAACGGAGAUGACAUGAAGUGCAAGAUGGAAGCCAUGAUCAUGCGGAUUCAGUCUGAGUUUGUUCACGCUGUGGAGAAAGAGGAGUUAGAGGAGGGUGGGAAAAAGUUUCUAGUUGACAGGUGGCUGCGAGAGCAGGGUGGUGGUGGAAUUACGUGUGUCUUGCAAGACGGCACCGUGUUUGAAAAGGCUGGAGUGAACAUCUCUGUGGUCAGUGGCAUCCUGCCCCCCAACGCUGUGCAACAGAUGAGAGCCAGAGGAAAGAAAAUGAAGGGAGCAAACCUCAAGUUUUUUGCUGCGGGCAUCAGUUCUGUGGUCCAUCCUCGCAAUCCUCAUAUACCAACUGUUCACUUCAACUACCGCUACUUUGAGGUGGAGAAUGAUGAUGGGGAGAAACACUGGUGGUUUGGUGGAGGCACCGACCUCACGCCCUACUAUCUAGAAGAAAAGGAUGUCGUCCAUUUCCACAAGACCUUGAAAAAAGCAUGCGAUGGUCACGGGAAGCAGUUGUACCCCAAGUACAAGAAGUGGUGCGACGAUUACUUCCGCGUGCCUCACAGAGGUGAGAGUCGAGGAGUGGGUGGAAUCUUCUUUGACGAUGUUGACGAGCCAUCCCAAGACAAGUGUUUUGAGUUUGUCACUGACUGUGCCGAGUCUGUGGUCCCGUCAUAUUUGCCCCUUGUCCAAAAACACAAGAAAGAUGGAGUCAGCUAUCCUGAAAGAGAGUGGCAGCUGCUGAGAAGAGGCCGCUAUGUUGAGUUCAAUCUGAUCUAUGACAGAGGAACAAAAUUUGGCCUGUACACCCCCGGAGCCAGAUAUGAGAGCAUCUUGAUGUCCCUGCCCCUCACAGCGAGAUGGGAGUACAAGCACUCCCCUCCUGAAGGCUCCCGGGAGGCUCAGCUGACUGAGGUUUUGAAGAAUCCGCGCGAGUGGGUGUGAAGACGCGAUGGAAUCAGGAUUAGUCAGUGUAAUGCGGAGAUGAACAAGAUGACCCCCAAGCACAACUUCUGGCAGGGCAGUAAAACUUUGGCCAGUCGUUGAGAUGUACUGAGCCCAACAUUUUGAAAAUUUUUAUUGCGGUUUCUUAAUCUGUGGUAUUGGGUGCAUGUGCUUAAAAAAUAUUUUGUUGAAAUUACAAUUCUAAAUGUAGUAACAAGGGAGAAAAAAUGCACAAUACAGAAACAAUUGUUAAAAGAAUUAAACAGAUUCUUCUCUUUCCUAAAAAAUUUUGCUCCGCUUAGCACAUUUGAACAGCUUGCUGAUGAAAAAAUAAACUGAUGAUAAUGAUGGACAGUCUGGCUGUGUCACAUUUUACGAAAAUGAUUUAUGACUAAAGGCAAGACAGACUUGAUGGUGCAAAGUAAAAAACAGAAAAAAAAAACAAAUGUUUGUCUUAAAUGGGGGAAAAAAUGUGAAAAAAA